ACAGGUGCAAUUUAGGUAACACAACCAGUUGCCAUUUGAUGGCUGCCGGUUCUCAUCAACCCUCACAUUACAUAACAGUUCAUCGCAAUCUUUUGAGUUAUGAACGAGGCAUCCAGGAGAGACGCAAACAAAGACGCGUCCGCACCAUUUUCACCAGCGCGCAGCUGAAAGCGCUCGAGCGCGUUUUCUCACAGACUCAGUAUCCAGACAUCUACACGCGAGAAGAGCUCGCGCAGGAGAUCCAUCUUACUGAAGCUCGAGUUCAGGUCUGGUUUCAGAACAGGCGAGCUAAAUUUCGUAAACAGGAGCGAGCGGCCACAUGGAUUGAGUCAUCAUCGAAAGUGCACAGAUUGCCUUCUCAUGCCAGCUCCAAAACAAUGAAAGUCCCUGACCCAGACAGCACACAGCCCACUCUUACCCUAACCGAAGACCAAAAACAGGACAGCAGCGGUCUCAGAGAAAGCCAAGCUCCAGAUGAACUGCCCUUGUUAGGCAUAACUUCUCUUGAAUCACAGAGGUCAAGCGGUCACCUAACUCACUGUGCUACUACUGCGUGCAUGUGUUGAGCAGUAAAACACAUGAUGUGCUUUUUCAAACAUCACUGUAUAUAUCUCAGCUAGUGCCAUUUUCUAACCUUAUUUAUGUUAUUUAUCGGUUAAGAUCUUCUUUGAUGACCAACAAUGCUAAAAAAAAGUUGGUAUGCCUACACAUAAGACAUGCAUGCUAUAUGUAUCUUAUUUUAUUGUGUUGAAUUCAUGCAGUUGGUUACGAGAAUCAUUCCACAUACUGUUAAUGUUUACCGCUGUUUGUAAAAGAGAGAGAGCUUGCUCUAGUGAUUCAUAACAACUAAUAGUGUGUGACAAAACUGCUAAUUCUCCCCCUUAAAAUGAUAUUCAUAUUAUAGAAUGCUGUUACAAAAUAAAUCGUCACCUCAUCAUUAUUCAGUCUUCUACUUCCAGUCACAAACACAAGGUGGAGGUGCAUUUAAAAUAGUUUAUUGUAGUUUAUUUAAAAACAUACACUUGCUAUAAAAGCCAUUGCAUUUCAGCGUCUUGUAGGUUGUCUUAUAUCACACAUUUUUAAAAGGGUAUAAUAAAUAUAGAAUAUGAAGUUAUUUGUCACACACAUCUCACUCAUCCUUGGCUAAUCGUUCCAGUAAUUAUUGCCUUACUUUAGUUCGUUUUCUUACAAUGUCACAAAAUAAAACAAAUGAUAAACAAGCAAGUCAAACCCCCCUGUAUCUAAAUGAUGAUGUGUUUUAAUCAAAUUUCAAAUAUUAACAGAAAGCAAAAGAAGAAGUUAUAAAAGCAGGAAUUAUAUGCUAUUUUUGCUGAAAUAUUUGGAUAUUUUGGUGGCAUUCAACAGAAUAUGAAAUCAUUUCCAGCUGAUUUAGAUGAAUACAAAUAUGGAUAUUUAACAAUUUUACAUCUCUACAUGGACAUGAAAAGCCUACAAAGGGUUUGCUUUUCAUUUUUUAAUCUCUUGCUCGCACAUUCAUAGUGUUUGAAUAAAGUACAAGGGUAAAAGCAGAGUGCUCAGUGCAUAUGCAUAAUACGCUCACCAAUACACAUUGGUAACUUGAAGCUUUGGAUGCAAGGGUGGCCGACACUAGACAUUAUCUGGAUUGCAUUUCUAAGGCACAACAUUGCAGAAGAGAGAAAGGCAACAGAACACAAAACCGAUUUUAACGGAAUAUUUUUAAAAGCUAAAAAAGGGUUACACUUUACAUUACAGUGCUUCAGUACAUCAAAUGUUUGAUUAUAGAGCUGCUUUGUACACUGUUAAUAUUAUUACUUCAGUAAUUCAUUUAGUAGCAUGUAAUGUAUGUGUAACAUUGGCAUUGUAAUGUAAAGCGCCACCAAGGAAAGUUACUGGGAUCAUGCAAUUGUCUUACCAUUCGAAUGCAGAGCAAAACGUAAAUAUUAAUAACAUAAAGUUGGAAAAAUAAUCAAAUGGAAAUGUAAGAUCUACCUGCUAGCAACAUGCUGUCUACAUGGGUUGUUAAACAAUACUGCACAAAUAAAGUAUCAAACCCCUCACUUAUCAAACAGGAUAAAACAGGCAAUGCAAAAUGGAGGAAGGAACAUUUAAAUCAAAUCUGCUCCAGUUCAUGAAGAAGGUUUUUUUCAAACCAAAAAAUAAACAAUUUUAUCAGUAUUCAUUUCACGCUGUCAGUUAAGGCAUCAGGACAAAUCAGCUAGGCCUAAGAGUCGCACAUCAUGCGUUCGUCAACAACAGUUGCCUAACAUUUAUUAAUAAUGUGAGAGACCUGCAA